ACUAAACAGAAAGUAAAAGUUACUGAGCUGACAGAGAAAGCGACAUCUUACUGACGAACUGCAUAUCUUUGCCGGACUUGAACAACACCCUCCUGAAUCAGGAUGUCAGUGCAGUUCUCUGGCUGGGAGGUGGUCGACGAUGGUGCUUCUUUUCCUGGCGUGGAGCUGCAGCCGUCCCAGAAACCCCAAAACCGGGGUGUCUACACUAUGUACCAUGGGACUAGCGUUGCCAGCGCACGGAUCAUCAUUGCCAAUGGCUUUAAACCGUCAUCAAGUGGCAUGCUGGGAAGGGGAGUGUAUGUCAGUCGUGAUAUAAAAAAGGCGGCACAUUAUCCAUUAAACAGUAACAUAACAGACCGCAUGGUCUUCAAGUUACACGUGCGUGUCGGCCGUGUAAAGCGCAUUGACAAGGACAACCAUCCUAUGCAGUACACCUGGAGCGCGCACGGCUACGACACUGCCUGGGUGCCCCCCCAGUGUGGCCUCAAAGCUGUGCGCAGUGGCCUGGAGGAGGAUUGUGUGUUUGAUCCUAAAAGAGUGAAGGUGGUAGGCAUAGCAAAGGCACCAAACGCCACUAUACAGAAGGAACUUCAACAGCUUAUAUCAAAAACCUCCAGCAGACCUGGAUCGGGAGGUGACGCUGCUGCAGAUGUGUGUUCACUGUGUAAGAGGAAGACCCAGAAGGGGGCUCCACACAUCAAACAAAAGUGCUGGGAGUGUGGGCAAAAGAUCUGCAUUCUCAUGUCCAAGCAUUUCUGUCCAGCCAAACCCCAGGUUGGAGGUGGAGUAAUUUGGACGCUGAAAGGAGAGCUGCUGGUCCUGAACAGCAUCCCUUGUAAAGACAAGAUGUCGCUGCCUUUCUUUGGCUGGGAGGUGACCUAUGAUGAUGACUCUCCUCGUGUGGAGCUGGAGGCGUCUCAGACGCCCAAAGACAGCGGUGUCUACACCAUGUUUCAUGGCACCAGCGUUGCCAACGCACGGCUCAUCAUUGCCAAUGGCUUUCAGAAGUCACCAGGUGGCAUGCUGGGUAAGGGCGUGUAUGUCACCCGUGAUAAGAAAAAGGCGGAGCGUUAUCCAUUGAAAAAUGACCCUUCGACCCGCGUGGUCCUUGAGUUACGGGUGCGCGUGGGCCGUGUCAAGCGCAUUGACAUUGACAACCAUCCUAUGCAGUACACCUGGAGCACGCAGGGAUAUGAUACUGCCUGGGUGCCCCCCAAUUGUGGCAUGAAAGCCGUGCCCAGCGGCCUUGAGGAAGAUUGUGUGUUUGAUCCCAAAAGAGUGAAGGUAACAAGCAUUGCAAAGGCACCAGACACUGUACUGUCAGAGCUUCAGCAGCUUCUAGCUAACAGUCUAAGGAAUCCUGACGAUGCAGGAGAUAGCGGUGCUGUGGAUGUGUGUUCACUGUGUAAGAGAAAGACCCAGCAGGCCUCUCCACACAUCAAGCAACCGUGUUGGGGCUGUGGGCAAAACAUCUGCACUCUCAUGACCAAGCAUGUCUGCCGAGCCAGCUUCUGAGAGGGUGUAAGGGCCUGAAAAACGGUGCUGUUGUGAAACAGAUGCAACGAGGAUCCACGUCUGUAUGGCCUUCUGAUGGGAUGGAGGGGAAACUAAAGCUAAAGUUUACUAAAGAGUAAACAAAAUUAUGAGCUGCAAAGAAUAUUCCUUAUAAUAAUUUAAAAUGAAUCGCCAACUAUUUUAUCAAACGAUUAAUUGGGUUUGAGUCAAAAAUCCUCUGAUUCCAGUUUCUUAAAUGUGACUAUUUUCUAGUCUCUUCCCUCCUCUGUGACAGUAAACUGAAUAUCUUUGAGUUGUGGACAAAACAAGACAUUUGAAGACGUCAUCUUGGGCUUUGGAAAACACUGAUCGACUUUUUUCACCAUUUUCUGACAUUUUAUAGACUGAACAGCUAAUCGAUUAAUUGAGAAAAUAAUCAAGAGUAUUCGACUAUGAAAAUAAUCAUUAGCUGCUGCUCUAAAAAAAAAUCACAGCUCAGGGUGAAAUACAUACUUUUGAAAUAGGACUCAACAUUUCUACUUUUGCUUCCUCUGUGUUACUUUCUUUUCCCUUCCAUGUAUCAACCACUGUAAUAAGUGUUAAUGUUGCACAUAUCUUAGGGAUCUCUGUAUGGGAUCUGCAAAGUCCUUUUGUAUGACUUUAAGUAUGGAAACGAGCCAUUGAAGUUCACUAUAAUGAUCUAUGUUAUAUUCCAUUCUUGUUAUAUUGACUGAUCAGUACGCGUUAGGAUGCAAUCAAGAUGAGACAAUCUUUUUGUAUUGAGCAAUACGCCUUCAUUUCAGCCUGAAUGUGGACAUUAGUUACUUUAUGUAAACUCCUUGCUGAAUUGAUUUGAUUUCCUGAACACUGUGUAUAAUGUAAAACCAAAGAAUCAGUCAAUAAAUCUUAUGAUAUCAGA